UGGUACUGACCAGGUUAUUUGCGUUGUUGAGUAAAUAGUGAAAUUAAAUGUUCGUUAUUGUCUAAAAAGGGAGUACGGUAAUACGUAAUUGGUUGUUUACUUGGUUUAUGUUUCCUCAUUGCCCCUAAUUGAACUGCUUGUUCUGUCAAGCUUCGGGUAUUUUUCCUGAUCUGUUCUUUGGAAAGUGGUGGAGGCGUCAUUUAAGGCUGUUAUCUAUACGCACAUAUGACGUUAGUCUGAUUUGCUCGCUGAAUCCGAAGGAUUUUUAACCCCCUCUCCAACACCCACAGCAAGAGUGCUGAAAGAAGUAAACAGAAAAGGAGAGGUUGUGUGUGGUUCAAGAACAAGAAGCUUGGAAAUUAAAAUGGAAGAACUUCUUUGUAACAAACCAGACAUUGAAAGAUGGAAGAGGAAAGAAAAAUUCUUUCAGCAGUAACUUGAUGAUGAAGCAACCAUUUUUGUAGAAGAGGACAUCUAAGAAGCAGAGUAACAGAUGACAAAUAUUAGACUUUGUUUGAAUGAAGGAACAGUGAUCUCUUCGUAUACAAAGAACUGAAAAGGAAAGAACAUCUGAUAUGUGAGGUGAAUUUAUUGUGCCUUUCAGUUUACACAAAAAUCCCAGAAUGACUUCUUUUCAAACACCAUCUUCCUCAUAUGCCGGUUCACAGGAGAAUGAAAAAGACAUUAUAAUAAUAGAUGAAAUAAAGAAUCAGAACUUAUCUGUUGAUGGAAUACAAAGAGGAAACAUUUCAGUGUUUCAGGAUGGAGAAUCAACUGUGGAUAAUACCAUAAAGGUUAUUAGUCAAAUAAGCACACCUCCUAGAAUAUCACUGAGUGAUGCACAAAGGAUAAAAAAUGAAGUGAGAAUGUUACAGCUAAAACGUGACAAGAAGCGUUGUGCAAAAUCUAAUGAAUAUUCAUGCACAAGGGAUUCUGUUACCAGAGUACUCAAUCUGUCAAUGCCCACAACUACUUCAGGCAUGGUGUCUGGAUUAUCCACUGUAUCCCCAAAAGUUCCAAUAGAGAGGAAAUCAAUUAAAAUUGUUCCAUUAUCAAGGAAGCAGUCAGAUGUGGGAGAUCAACCUGCAUUGUCUUCAGAUCAUAAAAUUUUAUUGCCAAGGUCAAAGACCUCACAAAAUAAAAUUCCAAAUAAAGCUAGAAUGCCUCCAAGAAUAGAUUCAAAUGUAAUAAGGCAGUGUGGAUUGCCCUUGGAACACACUCUAGUUUCACCAUCUAAAAUGAGUAUAGGAAAGACAAAUGUGAGGAAGGACAAUGAAUUAAUUAAAGCUUCAGAGAAUAAUGGCUCGCAUAUGAAGAAGGGGAAUGAUAGCCCAUUGCAUCUGAGAGAAGAGUCUGUAGAAUGUUGUUUUUCAAAGCGUAGUGGAGUUCCCUUGACUUCGGUAUCAGACAAACAAGUUUCAGUCCUGUCUGAGAAUAUGCAUAGUUCUGUAGAUGGAGGAAAGGCAACAGACCAUAAAGCACCGCCUUCAUCAGGUACAGAAUUGGAACUUGAUGUGAAUAAACUACAUUAUUAUGUUUCAUUACUGUUCUCUGAUACUGAGAGAAAACAAAAUGAUGCUUGCAGCCUCUCAUCAGACAAAGGAAAGAAAACAAAAUUGGUUUCCAAAAAUAAGAAUGUGUUAGUACAUAAUCCAGAUGUAGUGUCUGAAAUUAGGCAAAGCUCUUCUGCUGGUAACUCUGUUGCUUGUAAAGAAAGCUUAUCUACUACACAUGCGCAUGAACAAGAACAGAGCGUACACAUUUCAGUAUGUUCACGUGUUGAGAGUAAAGGUAAAGGAACUUGUGGAUCACCAGAUUUCAAGGAAAAGGAAACAUCAGAUCACACUGCCAGAAGCAAUAAUGUAUCUGAUGUCCAUAAAUCCAGAGUAUCUGGAUCUCUGUGUGGUGGUUCAGUUACUUCUUCAGGGAGUACAGCUACUGUACAUGCACAGAGCCCUACAUUUCUGUCUAAUUCUUUAGGAAACAAAUGUAUGAAACGUGCUAAAACCAUCGGUGAGCUACAGAUAACUCAUCCUCAGUCACAAAGUGUUAAAUUAUCACAUGAACUCUCUCAGCAUCCCAGUAAAUUCUGUGUGGUGAAGCGUAACAGUUUUGAGAUACUGAUGAGUGCGCAGAAAUCUCUACCAAAAAAAUCACCAACAAAGAGACUGUGCAACAGUUCACCCAUAAAAUAUAUGAAAAAGAACCGGUCACUAUGUAACCUGAGGUACAGAGCUGUAUCUCCAAAUAAACCUAAGGCAUGUAAAUCACUGAAAUUUGACAACUGCAGUACUGAGGCAAAGUCAAGAUGUGUUGCAGCAACAGAUCCAGAAAAUCAGGGCUCGGUAUCUGAAUUCUACUCAAAUGAAUACGUUGGCUAUUUUGAGAGUAUAGUAGCUGAAGUUUUGAAAGACAGAGACUUGUUAACACUUCUUAGUGAGGAGGAAGUUAUGACGGUAACCAACUUUUGGAAGUUAGAGAACCAAGUGAAGGAACUUUAUGUGAGAAUGCUGAGCAGAAAAUAUACCUGGCACCGUGUGUCUGAUAUAAAAUAUGAUCAUAUUAAUGUGCCUGCAGCUUUCAUUGAACUUGAAGUAUCUGGCUUUGUAACAUCAGAUUAUAGUUCUGAACAGUUAGAAGUUCUUCUGAAUUUGCUGAAAGUUCCAGAACUAAGAUCAUUAUGCCGGACUUUCCGAAUUUCGUCAGCUACACGACCGAAGCCAGAAAUGAUACAAGCUCUGUUACAAUAUGGGAGAACUCAACAUACCAUAAGUGGAAUUCAAGGGAGUGACUCUGCAUCUCUUAUUAAAAGCAGGUUGAGGGAAGCACUAGGCCACUGUAUCAAACUGUGUACAAGGGACAGGGAGGGAUUCUUCCGUAUUAUGCUUCUGUUCUCGCUACCUCAUCAGUAUGAUGAGGAAGAUCGACAGUGCUCAAAGCAACUUCUCUUGAUGAAUUGUGUUAAGACAAGAACAGUAGAAUUUCCUACUUACAUAAUUCAUAAAACCAUACCAAUUUUUACUGCUAGAAAUGAUUUGAUUAGAUUUCAGGAAGCAGGUGAGUUAUUGACUGGUUUGAUGAAAGCUGUUGCUGAUAAAAGUUGGGAUGAAGCUCUUGACUAUGGGCAGCAAGCUCGAGAACAUUUCAAAACAGUGAUAGAGGAUUCUGCACAAAAUGAUUAUGCCAAAACUUUGCCACUCUUCAUGAGAAGAUACACUGCUGGAUCAACAUAUGCCUAUGCUAUGACCAAGGCCAUUGGCGCUUUUAAAAAGCACAAAGAUCACAUGCCUAACGGUGUGAUCAUACUACAAGAACUACUUUCUCAGCAUAUAUACCUACCUCAGUAUCGAGGCAAGUGGUAUGAGCAGUUGGCUUUGCUUCUACAAGUACAUCUUAAGAAUUGUGAACAGGCAGCCAAAGUAGUAAUUAAAGCAAUGAAAGAUAAUCACUUGAGUGAGGUUGACCAGCAUAUGCUUUCUUGUCGUGGUACUGUGUUGAUGCUCAGCAAAGGACUUGGUAAAGACUUGAAACAGAAGCUUAAUGAGAAUAUAAAGAAACCACUGGAGAUUCCACCAAAUGUAACAAUAAAGGCAAAGUCAAUGCAAGGAAAUGGUCCUGGGCGAAAGCGUGUGUAUGUCCAGGAGGAUGUAUAUAAACAAGAAACCACAUACUCCUCCAUAGAAGAAUAUGCCAUUUUCUACUACAAGUCUAAAGGUUAUACAGAAGGUAUACAUGAUGAAGGGAGUGUCAUAAACAGUCUUUUUGGUUUGAUAUUUUGGGAUGUUAUUUAUGAACACCCAGUUCCAGACGUAUUUCGAACUUCUUACCAGCAAGUACCUCUGGACUUAUAUUCAGAAGAAUUUUAUAGAAACAGGAAAGAAGCUGUAGACGAGAAGCUUGAAAGUUUGUGUCAUUGUGAUAUGAAAUUUGUGAGCGAGUACGUGGAGAGAAUGUUGAAAGAACAUGAAGGAAAAGAGUCUAUUGUCAACUGGCAAAGAUUUCAGAAUCUGGAACAGAUUGUUAAGUUGAUUAAUUGUAUAGGUAUGCAAGUAUUGUCCAAAAUCCUAGAAAGACUAGUAAAAAGCUACAGAGUACGUAGUGGUUUCCCAGAUCUCCUUGUGUGGAAUCCAAUCACUUCUAAGUAUAAAUUUGUGGAAGUGAAGGGCCCAGGUGAUCGUUUGUCUGUUGCCCAGAAUAUGUGGCUUAACUAUCUUACCAAGUGCAAUGCAAAUGCAGAAGUAUGUUACAUAGAAACAACAGGUGCAACGGCAGUGAAACGAAAAAUGAAAAAUGUGCCUACUGAUGAAGAUGCAUGGUUUACUUGCUGAUGUCCAAAAGAAUUUCAGUUCAAGAAGGAGAAGAUGGUAUGUGAUUAUUAUAUCAGUUCUUGUGGAUACAGUCCUUGAGGAAGAGGAGAAUGAAGUAAGGUAAUCUCUUUUCUUAGAAUGCUAAUUUCUAAAGAAUGUGAUAGAACAAAAUGUUAGGCAAAGAAGCCCUCUGUUAUUUUAUGUGUGGGGAAUUUAUAUUUUACAUUGUUUCAUGUUACCAUGUGUUAGGGACUGUAAUUUCUUAUGAAGUACCCAGUGUAAAUUGCCUGUUUCUUCUUGCUCUGACAAGUCUUAUGCAUGUUUUAUACACAUUCAAAACUGAUAAUCAGCAGAUCAGCUAUGGUAGUACAUUGUGCGAAACAUAUUGCUACCCCACACGAAAAAUUUAUUUUUCCUGCUCUUAUCUUCUGAGAACUGAAACGUAGCUUAUUACUUGAUAUAAAUUUAAAAGUAUUUCACUGACAGUAAUUUAUAAUUUUGUAACCGUAUUUUACUAGUCUGGUAAAGCUGUAUAAAUUGAAAUAUUAAAUGUUGACUUUUUAUUCAGGUUCUUAAAAACAAAACUGUUAUAUUCUAUAGAUUUUUAUGAAUGUUACCAGUACACUGAAACAGUGCUCUUAUUUAUGCAUAGAAUAUACAGUAGACUCCCAAUUAGCCGGGCUUAUGAAUGGGAGUGGAUAAUGGACAAAAACAGAUACUCCAAAAUACUUUGUUUGGUGCAUUCACAAAACUUUACAUAUUUCUUGCACAACUGAUGUUUAUUCUGAGAAACAGUUUGUAAUUGUUGCUUGUUUUUGUGAAGAGUUUAGUUUGUUCCUCACAGCUGUAUGAAUUUUCCUGGCAGCUGUAAUGUGACUGUAUCUGGACCCUUUCUGACACAUGUAGUCUUGCAAAGUGUCAACACACUGCAUUGCCAUGAUUUCACUCCAUUCUCCUUCUUCUUCACUCUUAUCCUCCCCACCCUCCACUUCUCCCUUUUGUUUCAUGCCAGCUCUUUUAGUUUCUGUAUGUCAUGUACUGGAAGCCUAAUUCACAUACAGUGCUUUAUGUCUAUUCUACAAUGUUAUCUUCAUUGGUGUUUUCAAAAUUUCUCAUAGCACACAACAUGUCAAGAAUUUAGGAUUUGCUGAUCUCUUCAUUAGGAAAACCUUGCAAAUAAUUUUCUUCUAGAUGUGGAAGAAGUUUCUUCUAUGAUCAAACCAGUGUUACUGGAUUUGUGGAAGACUGUGUCUGAAAUAUGCCAUAUAUGGCAUCCAACACUGUCAUUUUUUCUAUAAUCUUAUUAUGUUGUCAUCUUUAUCAACAAGAAUCCAUUUCAUGGAUGCAAUCACUCAAUCCCUCUACCAUAAUCUUUAGCUAAUUUUGUUGCUGAUUCUCUGUUCUGAACAUUUUCAUUUAACUUGAGCUUUUGUUUUACUGUCACUGCCCUUUUCGUAUGUUUCUGGGCCAUUUUGCUUUCGACCCACAAGUCUUAAUUAUUACUUUCGUCUAACUGCACAAGAGAGUUUAAUGAAAUUGAUUCUAAGACAUUUAUAUUUGGAAAGGACCAAGAAUCUGUAGUAUCUGCUCUCUCCACCACCAUAACCAUCAGAAAAAACCUCCCCACCACUGAUACUGCGGGGUUCGAUCCCCGACGAGGGCAGAGGAUUUUUCCUCUAGCCUCUGCGUCCAGACCGGCUCUGGGGCCCACCCAGCCUCCUCUACAAUGGUUACCGGGGUGCUUUCCCGGGGCUAAAGCACGGCCGGCGUGAUGCUGACCACUCACCCCCAUCUAGUGCCGAGGUCAAGAAAGAGAGGAGCUAUACCUCCACUAACCCCAAACGCCUACAUGGCGUAGAGUGGGACAAACUUUACUUUACCACUGAUACUGACAGUAAGCACUGAAAUAAAGUUAUUGUGUAACCAUAUCUUCUGUGGACCCACCCAAAACCAACCGCAUUCCUCAAAGCAAACAAUACAGCGUGGAAAGAUGGUAAAAGCCUAGUUCAUGUGUGCCAACAUUUAUGUAAAAAAAGUUGUGAAUAAUCUGCACAUGGAUAAUCAGGAGUUUGCAGUAAGCUUUAUGAAAGGAACUAUAUCAUUUUAGUUGAUAAAGUAGACUGCUGUGAUUUGAUUCUUGAUAUGUGAUUUAUAUAUAUUUAUAUAUGUAGUCUAUUUGACACUAAUGUCAGUAGCUCAGAGUACUGAAUUGUAGGAUGUUAACAAACAAUUAAUUGAAAAGGAUAUGGAAGGCCUCAUGUAAGGUACUAACCUAGCAUGUACCUGGUGGGACUUUGGGAAACCACAACAGACCUCAGUUAGGACAUCUGGUCUGUGGACUGAGAUUUGAAUGUACAUCCUCCCUUAUAUGAAGCAGGAGUGACGUUACUCAAAAUUUAGACAGCAUUUGAACUUGAUUCUAUGAAAGGUUAGUCAUGGUUUAUUAACAAAUUUUUUCAUGACAAACCGAAUUGCACUGAAUUAAAACAGUUGUAAAUCUCGAGGCUGCAACUUCACCAUGCUGAAAUAAAAAUUAGAUUGUUAUGUGUUCUUUACAUGAUGUGCAUAGCAAAAAUCUGUUUAUGGGCUGAUCAUGUCUGUCUGUCUAGUUGAUUCAACUCGAGAUUUGGAUGAAAUUUAAUGUGGAGUUUGUGCUGUUCUGCAUGGCCUCAAAAUUGUAUGUUUGAAUAUGCUAUGAGCACUGAUAACAAAAUAAUGGAUGAGGAAAGUCAUGAGGUAGAUGUUGAGGUUCUGCAAUCUGGUGGCCAAAGUGGGAACUAUUUAAUAGGUUUAGUACCUCUAAAUGCACGUUGCAGAUAACGCAUGAGGAUAUGUGUAUUCUGGUAUGGAAUGUACUUUCCAAGCUAGCUUAAUUUAUGUGAUGAGGAAGAGGCUCAAGCGUAGGUAAUGCUGCACAUCCAUAGUUACUGAAUGCGGAGACACUGAUAGUAUCAGGAUUCCAAUAUGAAACAGUUUUAAAAUAAAAUUUGUGAUCUGUCAUUCUGAAACAGUUGUACUCAGUUUGUAUGCACACACUUGAAAUUCUGUAUUUGUAAAAUGUUUGUAUAUGGUCUACUGUACUGUUGUAAGAGCAUUUCAUAAAUUUGGACAUGUCAUAUGAAAAUUUUGUUUAUAAGUAACAAAUUCAUUUUAUACACCGGUUUUGCAAUUUUUUUCAUACAGAUUGUGAUGUGUAUUUUUUUCUUUGAAUGAUGAUUUCAAUUUCUAAAGUAUUAGUAAAGGAGUUACGAUUGUUGUUGGACAGAGCCAUUUAAAAGUUUUCUAACAUGACAGUGUAAUAAUUUUCUCAGUGUUCAUCGACCAGAUUUCAGAUGUUUUGAAGGAUUGGGGAUUUGUUCUUUAGAUUCCAUUUUCUUUUUUUACUUUGCAUUCCGUUUUUAUCAAAAUUUUCCAAAUGUAACACAUAAUUUUUCCCCCCACAUACUGCCUGAAAAAUGAACUCAUUUUUUUUAUAGAAUUUGUACAACAUUAUGGCCAUGUGGUUAGCACUCCUGCUUUGUAUUGAAGAGGUCCUAGGUUCAUAUCUCUGGCAUUUUUAGUUUUUCUCAGUCCCUCCAGAUAAGUGCUGUGAUAAUGUCUUUAAUUAGGCUGCAGCCACUUCUUUCCAUUUCCAGUCUUUUCAUAUUUAUAAUUUGUCAUUCACCACAUCGUUGAACACCGUAUAAUCUGAGCUACUGACACGCCAUUAAGUAAAAUGAUAAAUACACAUAUUUAAAAGCCUUGAAUAGAAAUGUAUUUAAAUAAGUAUAAAACAUUUCAUUUUGCUCUCAUUUUAUUGCUCUCUCUCUCAUUUGUCUGUUUUAUGUAAUAUGUUCAAAUUGUUUGCUGGAUAUGAAGGGACAGGGCUUCAGAAUACAUUUGAUUCGAUGAAGACUGGUGACAACUAUUUUUAUAGUUGUUAUUUCCAGUUGUAAAUUUUUUGUAAGUUUACCCAGUUUCCUAAUCCCUGUUUCAACCAGUAAGAACCCUAGGGAAUUAAAAAGGACUGUGGGCAAUUGAAUUUUUAAAGUUUUAUAUUGUAUUUCUAAAGCGGUGUGAUUUUAAAACAAUAUUUGAAUCUUUUUAAUAAUUUUAUGAUUUGCUUUUUUAAAAAUCAAUGGUGCUUGUUUGUAAUUGCUCAACCAGGAAGUCUUUGUAUUACAAGUGAAUGUCGCUGGUGAAACAAUAAUGAAGAGAGAUUGAGAACAAGUGCAUGUUUCACAUUGGUAAUUCAAGUUAUAAACAUAUUACUUUUACAUCCAUGUUCAGUGUUAUGAUUUGUUGACUGAAGUGUCUUUUGCUUUCUUUUUAUUUUUGUACCAAUCUUUAGUAGUUGAAACUGCUUAUAGUUAUGAUGCUGUUAUUCUAGACACCAUUUUCACUAUAUAAUUUUCCGUGAGAAUAAGCGUUAAUACAUAAUUGCGUAGUUUAGUGUAGAUAGUGAUGUGUCGUCCAUUACAGGGUGAACAUCACAAGCACUAUACAGGUGCAGAAGUAAUCUUGAUAUGUAAACGCAAAAGGCGGAAACUUGUUAUAACAGAAUGUACAGCACCUUACACAGGACUGCCAGUUCAGAAUGUACUAACUAGUAUUGUGUGCAAAUCUUAGGAAACAUAUUAGUGCUUUUCUCACAAACUUUGUAUUUCCAUUUUAUCGAUGACACAUGCACAGCUCAGGAAAUCAUACUUUAAUAUGUCAUGUAGUGUAAUUAGUGGCUGUGAUACGAGUUUUAAAAUACAGCGUAUGACUGUAUUUUUGUAAGGGACCAACAAAAUAACAAAAAUGUCCGUUUUCUUUCAAAGUAUUUUUGACCUAUUAAUUCUAAGAUGGAAACAUUUAAUGUACCAUAUUUUCCAGUGUGUACGAUGAUCCCAUAUAUAAGACACCCUCAAAUCAAAUCAUUUUAAGAUAUGAAACUAAAAAUUAAAAAUUAACCUAUCUAACCUUUUAAAAAUGGAUUUUUCAUUUAAAAUAAUGAAAUUAUGUUGCUUGUUGAAUGUUGCUUCUUUUGUGGGGUAGGAGUUGGAGAAAAUGAAUAUGAUCUGAAAUUAACAACUGGGCCAAUUCAGAGUGCACCUGCACUGUCAAGGGUGGCAACCUUCACUCUAUAAGAUGCCCAGUGAUUCUGAGACAUGUUUUGAAGGUAAAAAGUGUCUUAUACACUGGAAAAUAUUGUGUGUUGGAAUUGUGUGCACAAGAAAGGAAAUGUCUGUAUUUGCAGAAAAGUCGCAAGAAUUAGCUUUGCCAUGUCUGUCUGUGUGUGCUUAUAGCAGCUUGGGAACCACUGAACGGAUUUCUAUUAAAUUUGAUAUUUGGUAGUUUUGCUGAAACUUACCAACACAUUUCAUUUUUUUUAUUAAAAUCAGACAGUGAUGAAAGAUGUGUUAUAGCUGGACAUCCUGAGUGUAAUUUGCUAAAUGCUUACCAUCACAAAAAAUGUUUUGAACAGAACUUGUAAAAAGGAAACACAUUUUGUGCUCAUUACACUUUUUCCCAUAAGUCGUAUGAUUUUUGAGAUAAAGGUACUUUUGUGCUGUUUAACCUGGGAACAAUUGGGCUAUUUGUUAUAAAAUGUUUCAUUGCAGAUCUAUGCUUAUCAGCCCAGCCUAUUAUAUGCUGUUCUUAGAGCAUUGAAAGUUAACAUUCAUUGAUUCAAAACUUAGAGGCAUUAACAUAGUGACGAUGCCAUAAUUGUUGUGCUAUGCAGACAUUUUGUAGCUUCUUUUUUUCACCUCUUAUUGUGUUUGUGGAAAAAGUAUUUCAAAACAGUAAUUUUGAUUUUAUUUCCAUACAUGUGUUUGAAAUAGAUAUAAGAUAUGACAGAAAUUGUAGUUACCAUUUUUUAUGGUAAAUUUAGGUCUCUUGUUACAAGAAAUAUAGCUGGCAGUUGUAGAGUUAAUUAAUUUUUAAUGUUUUAAAACUUAUAUUCACAUAUUUUAGAAUUGUUAUUCUCAUCUUAUCAGUAAUUAAUCAGUUAUUCCUUGUUUUCUGUAAUAGAGGGCUAGUUUUGCACUAUUGUUUAGGGCAGUGUUCCACAACUGCCGCUGCAAGAUUUCCAGUGUGCUGUGAAUUUUUAUAAGAAAUUAUUUAUUUGCAUGUUAUAGUAAGGAAAUGACAGUAUCUUAUCUUUCAUAAUUAGAAUUUGUAAUAAACACACACAUGCACACAGGUUAAACAUAAGAUAGUUUUGUAAUGUUUUGUUUUCAUAUGCCUGCAUUUUUAUAGCUUAAGGGUUUAUAUGUAAAAACAUAUUUAUGGCCAUGUUUAGUUUUAUAGCCCCUUUUCCUGAGGCAAAAUUUUGUGGUGUGCUGUCAUGUGUCUGACAAAUUGGGAUCUGUUGGAGGUGGAAAAAGGUUUCAGAACACUAAUUUAGAGUCCACAUUAAACUGUAGGUCCCAUUGGGAAUAAUGGAAUCUGCUCUAUGGGUGCUUCUACCAAAGGAAUAGAUUCCAGGUAUUCUGAAGGUUGGCAGAGGCCAGAACAGAUCCUAACAGACCACCCCUGGGUGCAGCAGAAACCCUCCCACUAGACCAUCUCCUGAAUAAGAUAGCAUAAUUUACAUAAUUUUAAAACCUUGGGAUUGUUUUCAUAUUUACACCAUUAUUAUCUGUGUCAUGUUGGAAGACACAAGUUUUAUCACCAGUCAUUUUUUUCCCAUUAUGUUGGUUUUUGCAUUGGUUCUGGUAGGAUCCAAGGGCAUUUGUUUUUCAUGCAUAUUUCUGACAAACAGAAACAUUAUGCUAAUAAGGCGUUUACUGCAUUUGCAAAAUAAAAGGAAUCUCAAUGACUGACACUCAAAUUAUUUAGUUACCUGAUACAGAGAGACAGACAGACACCAACUCACCAUUUUUAAAUCUGUUUAUUUGUCAUACUUUAUAUGCAUUAGUUGUUAAUGCUAUAUAUUGUUUUAUAAGUAAAGCUGGAUAUAUUUCUAGUUUAAUUCUAAAGUAUAAUCAUUUUGCAUGAAACGUUUUUAAUCAUAAGUUAAUGUAAUCCCAAACACGUGUUUUACUCUAUUAUGAGGAUAAUUCUGUUUUGAAUAGUUUUGUGAUAUGUAAGAUGCUGCUGUUGUGCUUAUUUUAUUAAAUAUGAAAGACGAAACACAA